GACUCAGUGUAUGACUCAUCAGCUGCCCAACUAUUUAAGGGCAUGGGAGCAGCACAGUACUUGCCCACAUCUGUUUGAUAGAUCUUGGUAGCUGGAGGGAGAGAGAAGACGACCACCACCAUGUCUUGUGGAAUGGUUUGUACCAAUAUGGGCAUCAAGGCUGGAAAGCGCAUUGGUGUGAAGGGUGAAAUCUCGGCAGGUGCCAAGAGCUUUGUGAUGAACCUAGGGAAAGACCAAGCCAACGUAGUGCUGCACUUCAACCCACGUUUUGAUGCUCAUGGGGAUGUGAACACCAUUGUGUGCAACUCCAAGGACAAAGGGGAGUGGGGUGCUGAGCACAGGGAAUCAGCCUUCCCCUUCCAGGAGGGCACCAAUGUGGAGAUCUUCUUCACUCAUGACCCAAGUAAUCUAACCAUUACUUUGCCAAACAACCAGCAGUUCAAGUUCCCUAACCGGUUGGGUCUCCAGGUCAUCGAUUUCCUGAAUGCAGAAGGUGACUUCACAAUCAAAUCCGUCCAGUUGGAAUAACUCCCCAAAGGGAUAUUUAAAAGGAAACACAAUAAAUACCACUGAAUUUGGUCUACUAAA